AUGAAAUAUAGUUAUCUCAUAACGAAAGUUGCUGCUUUCCAACCUUGCCACUAUCGCAGCGUUCAAUCGUCCCACCGCCUGCGACUUAAUAACUGCCAUCAGCGACUGCCACGUACUGCGUCUUCAUCAUCGUCACCACACCCGUCGCUACUGCACCGCAAGUACAGUUACUGCCGCCUCCCGACCGCCGCCACUACCCCCACCAACGCCACUGAAUUGCCGCCGCCGCGCUGUAGUGAGGAGCAUUUCGACCUGGGCCAACGGAGCGGAGGGCAGGAUGACGCCACUCGGUACUUGCGGUCGCCGCGGCUCUGCACCAAGAGCAACGAGAGAAGCGGCGGCGCUGCGGCGUGGCGCUGCAGAAUGCGGGCGUGUUGGCGCUGCAGAAUGCGGGCCCAUUGGCUAGCAAUUUUGCGGUCGGCCCCCAACAGUUUCCAGGGCGUUCCUGAACACGUAGAUCUUGAUGGUGAUGUCUCAAAUCUCCAGGGAAUCUCUCAAGGAACCGGCGUGCAUGGGCGGGUGCAUUGUAAAAUGAUGUAUGAGGAAGUCGAUGAAAAUAAUUAA